AUGCCCUUUAAGAAGAACAGAGGAAGAAGAGGAGGAAACAGGACCCAACCCGAACCCCAACCCGAGCCCCACGCUCACUCUAACCCCAACCCAAACCCCUACCCCCCACCCCGUAAGAUCCCCCUUCUCGAAGCCCGCGACAGCCUCAUCGACCGCCUCCGCCAGCACCUCGAGCACCACGCCCACCCGGGCAUCGUCGGCGCCGGCCCGCCCCCGCUCCAGCACGCGCUGUGCAUCAGCUGCAUCGGCGGCGCCGAAGCCCGCGCCUGCCUCGACCUCAUCCAGGUCUUCGCCUUCGCCUACGCCCAGAUCCAAACCCAGACUCAGACCCAGACCCAGCCGGAAGACACCGGUAGCGCCGGCCUCAAGCCGGGCGACUACUGCCUCGGCCUGUGGCGCACGCCCGCCCACCACCGCAAGUUCCUGCUGGAGCACGGGGCGUCGCUGUUCCCGGCGGGGUGGCUGACGCGGCCGUCGAUCUCGCGCGGCGGCGGGUGGUUUGUGGUGGAUGGGCAUCGGAUCUGCGUGGAGGUGAUGGAGGCGGUGAUUAUGCCGUUCGAGAGGGGGCGGUAUGCGGCUGUCCGGCUGGAUGUGCCGAGGGAGAUGGAGCAGUGGGGGCUUGGGGUUUGGGGUGGCGGUGAUGGUGGGCAUGGGGGUGGUGGGGUUGGUGAGGAUUGUGAGGAUGCUCUGCGGGCUUGGGCUUGUCUUUGA